CCACGCUCCCGCCCGCACCGCACUGCAACUCGGUUCCCCACUUCCGGAUCGCAGCACACCACCACGACAACCGCAUACCCACCGCACAACCCACGGACAAUCAUACACACAGACUUUCAAAAAUGAGUUCGGCAGCCGCGUCGGCGGCCCUGCUGAAGAGGCAGUUCAAGGAGAUGGCGAGCGGGAAGGAGAUUGUUCCGGGGAUAAGCUGCGGCAUCGUCGACGACAAUGUGUAUGAGUGGGAGGUGAUGCUCAUGCUGAAUGAUGAUAUGAAGCUGUAUGGGGGCGGCUUCUUCAGAGCCCGACUCUCCUUCCCGCUAGACUACCCACACAUGCCACCAAAAAUGCGCUUCGAAACCCCAAUCUUCCAUCCAAACAUCUACCCCAACGGCGACGUCUGCAUCUCCAUCCUGCAUCCCCCCGAAGAAGACCGGUACGGCUACGAAUCCGCCGCGGAGCGCUGGUCGCCCGUCCAGACGCCCGAGACGAUCCUGCUCUCCGUGAUAAGCAUGCUGUCGAGUCCGAAUGACGAGAGUCCGGCGAACGUGGAGGCGGCGGCGCUGUGGAGGGAGAAUCCGGCCGAGUUUAAGAAGAGGGUGAGGAAGUGUGUUAGGGAUAGUUUGGAGAUGGAGUAGGGGAAGGAGGUGUGUUGUGUGAUGAGGGGGAAGAGGUGGGGGAGGAUUGGUUGGAAGGAUGCGUGGUUUCUGUUGUGGAGCGGAUCAAUAGGGU